CCUAACAAGGGGAAAAGACUGGGAAAUGGAGUCGGCCGCGGCUUCGCUGGGGGGAUUCUUGUGAAAAAUGGAAGAACAAGAUAAUGACGAAGAAGAUUUAGCCUCAUUCAGUUUCCUCUUAAACGAUGAGGAUAAUGAAGAGAAAGUGCUCAUAAAUGGCCAGCACGCAGAACACAAAGCAAACGAAGGGAUGACUAUCGCGCAGAACGGUGUCGCGAAGCAGCAACUACUGCAGAAGCAUUCCCUCCGUUCGAUUAACUCAACGGUCGUGAUUCGGCAGCUCCCAUCCGAAGGUCUCUCGUUCCAGCUCUGGCCGGCAGCCACUACUUUGGUUUCCCUUCUGGAUGGAUACCGAUGCGACUCUGGUAAUAGCCCUCUCACUUCCACCCUCUCGGUAUUUUCGGCGGGUGCAAAUCGCCGCCCACUAAAUAUCCUUGAGCUCGGCUCCGGCACCGGCAUUGUUGGAAUUGUCGCUGCCAUCACUCUUGGCGCCAAUGUGACGGCCACAGACCUUCCUCACGUUAUCCCCAACAUUCAAUUCAACGCCAACGUGAACGCGGGCGUUUUGGCUUCCAAUGGUGGGGCCGUGAACGUGGCGCCACUAAGGUGGGGUCACGCUGAUGACGUGGAACUAAUCGAGCGGGAUUUCGAUCUUAUUCUGGCAUCAGACGUAGUUUAUCACGACCACCUGUAUGAGCCUCUUCUCCAAACACUGAGUUUGCUACUAUUGGGCAAUCAGCUGAAGAAGAUGAUGUUCGUGAUGGCCCAUUUGAGGAGGUGGAAGAAGGAAUCGGUCUUCUUCAAGAAGGCAAGGAAGCUUUUUAAUGUUGACGUUUUACACCUGGAUAACCCUUGCAGGGGAUCCAGGGUUGGAGUCACUGUUUAUCGUUUUGUUGGGAAGGGUUAGCUUUUGAAAUGCUGCAACAUCCUGCUCUCAUUUUGGAACCUUUAUUACCAAAGAAAUCUUGUUUUUGAACUUUUUUUUUUCCCUUCCAGAAAAUGUAAAAUACAAAUGUGCCUCUAAAACAUUCAAUUCAAAUUGACGCAGCGCUUGUCAUC